UCUACGAUCGCCGGUGUGUUCGCCGUAUUUUUGAUCUCGAAUACGCGUUUCUCGCGGAAAAUAAAGCUGUUGCCGCAGAAACGUUGGGCAGACCGUGACAAAUGGUCAGCGGCGGGCGGCAAUUUGGCGCGCAAGCCGAUCGGAAAAGGGACAAGCACACACGGCUGUGCGUGUCUGCCUCGGAAGACGUGAGAAGGAUAGGUAACGUCCAGUCAGGAAAACCGGGUCGAAAGAAGACGCCGGCCGAUUGAAAAAUGGCGAGCCGAUGACCAGCCGAUGGCCAAGCGGAUAACUAGAGCAAGAAGAGGGCGGCUCGACGCUGAGGAGGUCGAGAGAGCGCAAGCGAGAUGAUUGACCGAAAGGGUGAUGGGGUCGGGUCAGGUACUGGGAUCGCUGAAGGACAGUGGACUGGGGGUGAGCAGGCAGCCCAAGAGUGGAAUAGCGAACUGCCCUGCAGAGAUUAGCCAGGCGGAGGCACAAGGUGGACGGAGCGUUGUGAUGAUAAUUGUUAGAGCCCACUUGGGAAUCUCAGGCACCAAAACAUGCGGCGGUCAGCCCUCGCCUUAUCAUUCUCCAUCACGGCCCUUCAUUGACCGAGUAUUUGACUCGUACCAGCUGCAACAUCCGCUAGCAAACGUUAUUGAUGGGAAGUGCCCCAGCUCCCAAUCUGAUGGUGGGUCGCGGUUGCUCCCCGUUCUGCGAGACAGCAGCUUCCAUAGUAAACUACCUUAUGAUUACGUUGUUGCGAAGUCGUUCUACGAAUAUUCCAUGCAAGCACCUCGCCGCCGACAACCGUUUCACGGUUCGCAUGGAUGAAUUGGGAACGCCGCCUACCUAGUUCAGGUGGCUG